AAGGGCACAAACCUAAAACCCUUAUGAACGAGCAGUAGUCCCCCCACUUAGCUUCUCCACAUUUUGUACUGAACAUUCCCACAGUACAAAAAGGCUUUCGCAUUCUUCGAGAAUCUGCGCUCUUUUCACUCUAUAACCCGAUCUAGGGUUUUUUCUCGUGCUCGAUCUUCUCACAUUUCCAACAUUCUCAUCACUUUUCCGGCCACAUACUCAGUCUUAAAUGGCGUAUCAAGGACAAACUCUUGAUAUUUCCGGCGACCGCCAGUCCGGUCAGGAUGUUCGCACCCAAAAUGUGACUGCAUGUCAAGCAGUUGCUAACAUUGUCAAAUCCUCGCUUGGACCUGUUGGCCUCGAUAAGAUGCUUGUUGAUGAUAUUGGCGACGUAACAAUUACUAAUGAUGGUGCCACAAUUCUGAGGAUGUUAGAAGUUGAGCAUCCAGCUGCCAAGGUUCUUGUUGAGUUGGCUGAACUCCAAGAUCGAGAAGUUGGUGAUGGAACAACCUCAGUCGUUAUUAUAGCUGCAGAGUUGCUUAAGGGAGCAAAUGAGUUGGUGAGGCACAAAAUUCACCCGACCUCGAUAAUCAGUGGAUAUAGGCUAGCAAUGAGGGAAGCGUGCAAAUAUGUCGAAGAAAAGUUGGCUGUUAAGGUAAUGAUUCCUGGUCUCUGGCCUGCGUAUUAUGCUGAUUUAUCUGCCACCUAUGAAGUAGUUCAUUUAAAUGCUAAUCUAGCUGGCAUUAUCUUUGAAAUGUGGAAUAUACCUUGCCGACCUUAUGAGAAAAGGACAUUUUCUGAAAUUUAUGAAUAUUAAGGUUGAGUCUCAUCA